AUGAUCUGCAAGGGGAUGUUGCAACAGAUCACUGCAAUAACCAGCACUGUAGCUACUGCAAGCACCAUCUUUAGGUACGAGGAGAUGCCCCAGAUAAUGAAAGGCAAGAGGCAAGGGGGGAUAAGUCGUAAAUCCGGUACAAGACCCCAACCCCUAAGACCCCGACCCCUAAGACCCAACCCUAAGACCCCAACCCCUAAGACCCCAACCCCUAAGACCCCAACCCCUAAGACCCCAACCCCUAAGACCCAACCCCUAAGAUCCGACCCUAAGACCCCGACCCCUAAGACCCCAACCCCUAAGAUCCCGACCCCUAAGACCCCAACCCCAAAGACCCCAACCCCAAGACCCCAACCCCUAAGACCCCGACCCCAAAGACCCCAAACCCUAAGACCCCAAACCCCAAGACCCCAAACCCUAAGACCCCAACCCCAAGACCCCAACCCCUAA